UUUAGUAAAGCAUCUCCUCCUGACUACAAUAAAAAAGGUCAUUCUAUAAAAAUGUACAAGUAGCCAACAUCUAUUUUGGCUUUCUUGUGAAGCGAUUCUUUCCCAUUAGUUCACAUGGCUUUAUCCACCUUCAAUGGCUGACUCCAGUGUGUGUGUUGGAUCCAGAUGUCUCUGUGACGGCUACUAUGGUACCAUCCACUUCAUUGGAGCAGUACCUCCAACCAGUGGGGUGUGGCUUGGUGUGGAGUGGGACGAUCCCUCACGAGGCAAGCACAGCGGAGAACAUGAGGGGGUGGUCUACUUCAAGACACGAGUAUCAGGGAGCGGAUCGUUUGUCAGAUUAAAGAAAGUGUUCCUCGGUUGUACCUUCAUGGAAGCUGUCAGGAGUAAGUACGGCCGGACUGAUGACGAGGAGGGUGGGAUAAUGCUGGGAGGUCAAACUGUGGAGCUAGUCGGCAUGGACAAGGUGGCCAGGAAACAAAGUGAGUGGAGUCAGCUGGAGGAGGUGAGUCUCAGAGAUAUGGACGUCAGCUCUGCUGGACCAAGGGCGGAAAUAGCAACUGCUCUACCAAACCUCAAAAGGUUGAACCUUGACCAGAGUCCAUUGCUACCUAACUGGGAGACAGUGUCUGACAUUGCCUCACAGCUACAGCACCUGGACAGCCUGGACCUGAGUGAGGACAGAGGGUUGGGUCAUGUGCCAGUGGAUCUUAUGGAGAGUCUGUCUGCUUCCUUCCUCACUCUCAGGACCCUCUACCUCAACAGAGUCGGCAUAUCCUGGAACAAUCUGGCUCUGAUAUUACAAGCUGUUCCCAGACUGGAGGCAGUUCAUGUCUGCGAGAAUAACAUAGCUUCUCUGAGGUUUGAGGGAGAUGAGAAGCCAUAUAUUCCAGAGGGCCUACAGCUGUUGAACUUGGAGAAGAACUGCCUUUCUGAUUGGUCGGAUAUUGUACGACUUGAACCUCAACUCAAAAAGUUGAAAACGCUUAUUUUAACUGAUAAUCGGCUGCCAUCAAUUUUUCUGGAAAAGAAAGCUUUCCCUGAAUUGAAGUCCCUCUCUUUAUCUGGAAACCUCAUCUCCCAGUGGCCCUCAGUGACGUCCCUCGCUUCUGUUCCCUCAAUGCUGCAGCUGAAGCUAAAGGACUGCCCUCUCUUGAAAGAUGAGCCUGGUUUCUCUGCCCGCCAUCUCAUCAUCGCCCUCCUCCCUCACAUCACCACACUCAACAGAAGUGCCAUAUCAGCCAGAGAGAGGGUGCUCUCCGAGAGGUACUAUAUCAAGCACUACGGGGCAAAGUGGCUCGACUGUAAAUCUGACGAGUCAGCAAAGAAGGCGUUUCUUCUAGAGCAUCCAUUAUUCCUCCACUUAGUUGAUGUCCACGGUCUCCCUGAUGAAGUGCUGAUGAGGCAGAAACCAGUUACCACGGCACUCAAGCAUGGUCUCAUCUCUGUGAGUGUCCGAUGUCCUGGUCGCCCCGAGCAACGAUCACUGGACAAGAAGCUCCCGGCUACCAUGACAGUGCAGAAACUGAAGGGAGUACUGCAGAGAGUGUACAGAGUGGACACCUCAGACCAGCGACUAUCCUACCUUGAUAGCAGGGGAGACUGUGAGAUACAGCUGGACGAUGACCUAAAGCAGCUCAACUUCUUCUCAAUAGAGAGCGGGGACACUAUACUAUUGAGGUGGUGACUGACAUCACAACAUUAUAUUGCAAUUAAUGCCAAUAAUAAUUAUCGUAAUUACCAUUUUGUGCCACAUCCACUGCUUAUUUAGAAAUAAUGCCCAAUAA